AUGUCAAUGCCUGAAAAAUUUACGCUGAAGAAGCUAUACGAUCUCAAUGGUCUGAUCGCACUGGUGACCGGUGGCGGUACAGGCAUCGGCGUUAUGAUUGCUCGUGGUCUCGCUGCCAAUGGGGCCAAGGAGGUUCUUGACAGAGUGGUUUCGGAAUGGAAUGCAACUAAGGGAGACGACAUGGGACCUAUGAUAGCGCAUGAGAUGGAUGUAACGAAAAAAGACAGUAUUAAAGCUGGUGUGACGAGAAUAGCUCAAGCAGAUGGAAGGCUGCACAUUCUCGAAGCCGGACCACUCAGUGAAUACCUCUUCAACAAUGAAUCGUUCGAGGAAUGGAGCUCCCUUUACUCAAUCAAUACCUUUUCAAUCUACUUUGUGACUGUUGCGUUUUUGGAUUUGCUCGACAAUGGAUCCAAGAAUAAUGAUAAAGAGGGUUUCUCUUCAAGCGUCAUUAAUAUCACGAGCAUGAGCGGACUCCUCAAAAUUGCACAGAGACAUUUCUGCUACAACAGCUCGAAAGCUGCUGGGUCUCACCUCACCAGGAUGCUUUCGACUGAAUUUUCUCUCAAAGGAAUCAAUGUUCGAGUCAAUGCUAUUGCACCAGGUGUGUAUGAAAGCGAGUUGACAUACGACGUGAUUUCAGGACAAGCGGCAACUGAUGAGGUUGGUAUGCCGGUGUUGUCCAUACCAGCGAAGAGGCCGGGAACCGCUGCCGAGAUGGCAGGCACUGCCGUUUACCUUGCAUCGCCUGCUGGGGCUUAUAUGAAUGGGCAGGAACUCGUUAUUGAUGGUGGAUGCUUGGCUGUGAAUCCUGCCAGAGUGUAA